CUACCUACCGCCCCAGCGUGUUUCCCCCCCAGUCAGUCCAGUCGCCUUGCCUUGUCUUGCCUGGGCCACCUCACGUAUUGUGCAACCCAGAGCCCCUUCCUCAAUUUCCAUCCAUCACCUUUUCGUCUCAUCCAUUUCUCAACUUCACAAAACUCUCGCACUACCUUUGCAAAACCGCCCACACCCGCCUCUAUUUACCCUUCGUCACGCUCCCUUCCCCUGCUCCGAUCCAAUUCGAGUCUCGACACGGGAAUCUUCCAUUGACAACUUAUCCAUCGUUCCACUCGAACAUCCCCGCCAACCUCAAAACAUCGCACCAAGGUACGUGGUCCCCUCCCCCCAUCCCCCCCGUGCCCCCUCUGUCGUCAUCGCAUCCCUCGCCGCAAUCUCCUUCCACCGAUUCCCAACAACCGCUUGUUACCGAUUUGCGUCGACCGCUUCACGAAGCUGCCAUCCGGCCCUCUUUCUGCAUCGAUUGAGAGCUUCACCGACACUGCGCGCCCUAUCUUGAUCGGUCAGGCGCAAAACCCCACCAGGAGCGGGGGGCCGAAGCCAAGUCAUGAAGUCAGCGAGGCGCAUACGCUGCAACUCGUCCUUCUCUCGUUGAAUUCACCCCGUCGCUCUUGCGAAUUCAAUUUGCGCCUCUAUUUGCCGACCAGUCCAAAUUCCACAUUCACAAUACACUUGGAACGCAGUUUUGGCUUCAUCUCCUGACACACGUGCUAACCAAUCCCAACGUUCCAGAUACCAACCGCCACAAUGGGUCAGGAUGAUGCUGUGUACUUGGCCAAGCUUGCUGAGCAGGCUGAGCGCUACGAGGAGAUGGUUGAGAACAUGAAGAUCGUCGCCUCCGAGGACCGUGACCUCACCGUCGAGGAGCGCAACCUCCUGUCCGUUGCCUACAAGAACGUCAUCGGUGCCCGCCGUGCCUCGUGGAGAAUUGUCACCUCCAUCGAGCAGAAGGAGGAGUCCAAGGGCAACUCUUCCCAGGUCGGCCUUAUCAAGGAGUACCGCCAGAAGAUCGAGGCCGAGCUUGCCAAGAUCUGCGACGACAUUCUCGAUGUCCUCGAUGCCCACCUCAUCCCUUCUGCCAAGUCUGGCGAGUCCAAGGUCUUCUACCACAAGAUGAAGGGUGACUACCACCGCUACCUUGCCGAGUUCGCCGUUGGCGAUCGCCGCAAGGACUCUGCCGACAAGUCCCUCGAGGCUUACAAGGCUGCCACCGAGGUUGCCCAGACCGAGCUCCCCCCUACUCACCCUAUCCGCCUCGGUCUCGCCCUGAACUUUUCCGUCUUCUACUACGAGAUCCUGAACGCCCCCGACCAGGCUUGCCACCUUGCCAAGCAGGCUUUCGAUGAUGCCAUUGCCGAGCUUGACACCCUUAGCGAGGAGUCUUACAAGGAUUCUACCCUCAUCAUGCAGCUUCUCCGUGACAACCUGACCCUCUGGACCUCUUCUGAGGCUGAGCCCGCGGCGUCAGGCACCGCCGAGGCCCCCGCCGCCGCCAAGGAGGAGGGUGCCUCCGCUGAGGCGCCGGCCGCUGCUGCCGCUGAGGAGCCCAAGGCUGAGUAAGGUGUGAUUGGUCUUGUAGCAUUCUGCAACCUGCGUUCAUCGCCGGAUUUGGGUGGACUGGUGUCUACGGAGUGUGGACUGGAGAUUUCGUUUUUGCGAAUCGGCAUCGUUUAGGCAAUACACAAGAAUUGUGAAGGGGUUGAUUUUUCCUAGCACGGGGCUGGCUGGGGGCUAAAGAAGAGCAUUUUGGAGGUUGAUUCCACGUUUGCUUUUUUAGACUCUAAUGCAAGGCCGUCUGGACAACAACAAAAAAAGACUAAAAUUGCUUUCAAAGAAGCACAUCCGGCAAACCAGUUUGAAAAAUCGUAUGACACAGUCGCGUGGGACUGCCAGUAGUUUUGACCUGGUGAUGGCGGAUGUUGUCUAGAGUGUUCUACACCAGUACACUUGGGUCGACAAAGGUGAACUGGGUCGACGUCAAUUCGCAUGUAGACGGACAAAUUUAAGAAGUCAUUCUAGCAUGGAAGACCAAGAGCCCGGUCAUACAGGCUGAAGAUUAGGUAUGAGACUAUCGAACGACUUGGGGUGCAAGUCAGACUUAUGGGCUUGGCUAGAAAUACGAUUGCCAAAGAAAGAAACGCUGGAGAUUGGGGGCGGUGUGUUUUUGAGAAAAGGAUCUUGAACGCUUAAUAUACGCGAUAGGAAGAUAACGGCCACGGAUUUGAGAAUGGCUGAGAAGAAGGUACUCAUCAUGUGGAAGCGAGACAUUUUGGC